GCCAACAUGGCGGCUAGAAACCAAGACGCCGUGCCUCUGUCUUAGCGACUGAGAGUCAUCAAGGUGUAAGAACAGAGACUGCAAUGUUGUCAGCUGUGAAAUGACAAGUCGGAUCGGGACACAGAAGAGUUUGGCAUGUUUUAUAAAACAACAGCAAACUAUAUCUUUUUUGACUGGGACUAAUUACUAUUAAUGACUUUAAUGCAUGAUUCCAAUCCGAUACAAUGAGUUCACUUUCACAAGUUCGUGGGGUUGGGAAAAGAACAAGACCUCUGGGAUCAGUACGGCACACAACGACUAGUGAUGAAAAAGUGCACCUGCCCAAAUUAACUAAUUCAGCAUUCAGACAUCAAGAUGGAAAGUUGGGUGACAAUUACGCUGGGAUCCAAGGCAGUGCCUUGACUGUGGCAAGCUCUAGAGAGACUGCACCACCAGGACAGAAUGACAGACAAAAUACAUCACCUUCACCUUCAUCUGCAACACCAAAAGAUGCAAAACUGGCAGCACAGUUGUCCUCUCCACCUGCUGUCUCUGUGUCUCAUGAGUCAUGUCAACUUGAAAUCAAGGAAGCACGGGCUAUGGAGGGAGAGCUGAGGAAGAAGAUAGCACAACUACAAAAGGAGGUGGAGAUGCUGACCUUGCAGCUGGCAGACGAAAAACAAGUUGCACAAAAUCUAAAGCAUGAUUUGCAAACUUUGGAAGUUGACUAUAAAAAAAGAUUGGAGGAGGAGCAAUGCAGCCAUUCCAUGACCCGUCAGAAUGCCCAGGAGGAGAUAAUUGCUCUGCAGAACAAAUUGGAAACGCAGGAGAAAACAGCAAAGGAAAAUCUUGAUAAGCUGCGCUGUGAUCUAACAAAUCAAAUGACAGCAAUGGAAGUCAUGAAAGAUAAGGAGAUAGCUGACAGGGAUCAGAAGUUGUCUCGUCUUAAGAUGCAAAUAGCAGAUGCUCUUAAAGGCAACUCAUGGGAAAGGCAGCAGCAGCUGGAGGAGCUGACAAAAGAGCUGGCCAGAAUUCAAGAGGAAUGUGAUGUGCUACGUGGAAAACUUAAGGUUCUCACCAAAAACAAACAGGGGGACUGUCAGAAUUGUGCCCAGGCAACAGCGAGGGCAGAGAAGUUAGCUACAAUGGUGAAAGAGAAGGACAUCACAAUCAAGGAUCUCAAAUCUCUUGUCUCAAAAUUUGAGAAGCAGCUUUCACAGCAAGAUCAGUUACUCAAAAUGUGGGCUGAGAGCAAAGGUCAUAAGGUUACCAUAUCUCAGUGACAAACCACUCAGUGGAAAGGGCAAAAAGGUUAAACCAAUCAAUGCUAUAUCUCAGCACCAGGAGUAAAGAAUUCCUGACAACUUUGUCUAGAGAUAUACCAUCACAUUGAAAAUCUCACCAUUUUCUUCAUUUGUUCAUCAAUAACAACAGCAGAAAGCAAGCUGGAUGGAUUGUUUAGAUGUAAGAGAAAUCUAUCAGCUUGAAAGCUGUUAAUAUGAACAAUUUCUGUGAAGUGUUGCAGUAGUGAUAUUCAUAUUCAUACUCAUACCCCCACCAGAGUUAGGCUGGACAUGAUAAAGACUAAAGGCAGGCCCUGAUCCACUAUUUUCUUUCCCUCAUUAAAUGCCACAUAAAAGUUUUGUGUGCUUCAGCUUGAAACUUUCUGAUAAAGUUCAUGGACAAUUGUACUAAAUCAAAGUGGUGACUCCAUUUUUUUUAAAGUUUGAAACAGGCAAGAAUAAAACAGUGAAAUAUCUUUGCCAAUUGAAAACCUUUGGUACUACUUUUGAGGAUAUCUCUAUCACGUGGAUUUAAAUAUGUGAGAAUUCCAAAGGAAUAAUGUUGUUUUACUAUUGUAAUACCAUAGUUUUGGAUGUAGUGACUCAUGAAACAAUGUCUCUAAUACACCUUUUCAUUACAAGUGUGAAAGCUGUCCACAAAAGUGUGUGGAGCUAUAGACAACACUUAGUUGCUGUUAUCAUGGUUUAAGCCCACCACGAACUUGUAAGCCCAUCCUUUGUAACAUCCACUGCAUUCUCUGAGUAGGUGAGAUACAAACAUGUAAUCUCCGCUGCAGAUUAUGAAUGCAUACAGUGUUCCAAAAUGUGCACAAUUUCAGACUGGUGAAAAUUUGAGCACCAGUUCAAGUACUUUAUGAAAAACUAUUAAUCACAUUGUUAGAUGAGAAUAUGUGACAGAUAGUUUUGAAAUCAGAAAGAUCUCAAUAGACACUUAAGAUAGCUUCUCGUUUCCCAUGCAGUCCUUUGGCACAUAUCGGGCAAACUACAUUUAAUUUCUUGUUCAUCAGUAGUAUUUUCCUGUGCUGCAUUUUAUAUUAUCAAUAUCUUGUCUUAUUAUUUUAAUCAUGUUUAUAAUUGAUGCUUGAUUUUGCAGUUGCACCAAAUCCAAUAACAGAUGGCUUCAUGCUGAUUAUUUAUAAACAAUGGAAUUCCCUACACUCUUUUAUGCAUCUAAUAAAAUUUCUUUAGUUUUUAAAAAUGUAGUUUUUAAAAAUGCCAUUUAACUGACUGGGUAGGCCAAAAAAUAGGGAUGAUUGUAAAACAAAUUGAAAAAAAUACUGAUAAUGCUAGAUAAAGUUUGUCUUUGUUAAAUUUGUGACAAAUAAGUAUUUGCAAAAUGUUGACAAGUUUGCUUAUGAAUACAAUGCAGCAUUUUAUAUCAACAUUAUAGACUUAUUGAAGUUAUUUGUUGUAACUUUUAGCUCUAAUCAUUAUUACAAAGACUUUAGAUAUUAACACACAUAUAUAUGUAUAGAAUGUAAUUGUAACAUUCAGAAAUCUGAAUCUAAAAUAAUACAAUUACCAAUAACUGAUAUGCUUGGAUUUCAGUUAAAUGAAAAGCAAUGCUGAUGUCAACGACUCAUGUUUAGUAGAAUAUCCUAAAUUUACAGAGGCUAGAGAGUACCUUGUAACUGAUGGGUUAACCUGAUGGUGUCUGGGUCACGCUGAUCACAAACAGUAGAACUGGGUCCCAUGACUGUUUUAGGAUCAGUAAGACAGGUCAUAUGCGGCCCUAUGCUCCAGCGGGGGGUGAUUAGGAACAAGAAGAAGACAGGUCAUGACCUAUUUGCUUGUUCUGCAUUUCUUUUAAGGGAUUAAUGUCAAUUUAUUUUAUAAAGGAGUAUCUCACUAUAAAUUUUGAGACAAUAAAGAAUAUUCUAUAUUUUGAAAA